AUGGCUUCAGUUGCCGCAUGGUUGCCAUUUGCCAGAGCGGCUGCUAUUGGAUGGGUGCCAAUUUCGAGGCAGCCGAUGCCACAGGCUCCCGUUGCUAUACAGGUGAGAGAUAAAAGUGGUAAAAUAUUUAAUAUCCAAAACUAUCGAGUAUUUUGUUUUAGAAUUAUAGUUUUGAAACAAAAUCUGAAACAAUUUCCAUCCCCAAUUUUCCUUUCAAUAAUCUAGUUCCAAUUCAAAAAAAUGUUCCUUCAGAAUUGGAAAUGCGCUAAAAAUACGUUCUAGAAAACAUUGAAAUAAUUAUUUCUCCGCGGUAAUUUGAAUGUUCUCCUGAAAGUAUUUCAAAAAAUCUCGGAAUUCCAAAACAUUUCUUUAAAAACAUAUCAAAAAUCAAAAUGAUUCUCGUCAGUUCCAAGAAAAACACGCAAUUAUCCGAUCUAUCAAAAUCAAGAACUUGACACACUUCCGUUUGCCGGAAAACCAAAUCGGAAAUCAUAAAAACAAGAUAUGACGUUCCACUUCAAUUCUUGAUUUUUUUUGAAACGCGAGGGGGAGGUUUAUUAAUAUUGGUAUUAUGAUAGGCUUUCAGAGAGGGUCAUUUAGGACGAUUCGAACUUAUCCAAAAUAUCUCUCUUUUUUCCAGGCCAAAGAUCUUGCCGUCGAUCAUGUUUCCGAUGAAAAACUUGCCAUAAAUAUAUCAGGGCGACGAUUUGAAACAUGGAAAAAUACACUAGAAAAGUUUCCCGAAACACUUCUUGGCUCCAAUGAAAAAGAGUUUUUCUAUGAUGAGGAUACGGGCGAAUAUUUCUUCGAUCGAGAUCCCGAUAUUUUUCGACAUAUUUUGACUUUUUAUCGGACUGGUAAACUUCAUGUAAGUUUUAUUGUAAAUUUGACAUCUGAUUUUCUGAAAAAUAAUCUAACCUAAAAAUUUUGUAGUAUCCACGUCAUGAAUGUUUGGUGGCAUACGACGAAGAACUCUCAUUUUUUGGCAUAAUGCCAGAUCUCAUUUCCGAUUGUUGCUACGAAGAUUACAAGGAUAAAAAACGAGAAAAUCAAGAGCGACUACUAGAAGAACGUGUUGAAACAGCAGAAACAAACACAGUCGAACUAUCUCUGCAACAAAAAAUGUGGGCCGCAUUCGAAAAUCCGCAUACCUCCUCAAUUGCCUUAGUUUUUUAUUAUGUGACAGGAUUUUUCAUCGCUGUUUCAGUUAUUUGUAAUAUAAUUGAAACAAUUCCAUGUGGCAAUAAUCUAACAUGCGGUGAAAGUUAUGAAGAUCAAUUUUUCGUUGUGGAUACGGCUUGUGUUAUUAUUUUUACAUUAGAAUAUUUUCUACGAUUAUUUGCGGCUCCAGAUCGAUGCAAAUUUAUGAGAUCAAUUAUGAGUGUGAUUGAUGUGAUUGCAAUUAUGCCAUAUUAUAUUUCGCUAGCAUUGCCGGAGAAAAAUGAUGUUUCUGGAUUGUUUGUCACUUUGAGAGUUUUUGUAAGUUAGAACUAUAUAUUCAAAAACGUAUUGAAUUUGAAUUUUUAAAAAUUUUGUGAAACUUUCUAUGACGUGGAAAGCUUUUCAACUUUUUUUUGAAAUUUUUUUAUUCAAAAAAAUGUUUCGGAAUCUUGAAAAAUUGCUCAACCACCAAAUUUUGCCACGACUGAGAUUUUGAAAAUGUUCAAUUUGAAUUUUACAGCGGGUAUUUCGAAUAUUCAAAUUCUCGCGUCACUCGCAAGGUCUACGAAUUCUCGGCUACACUCUCAAAUCAUGUGCAUCGGAAUUGGGUUUUCUCGUUUUCUCGCUGGCAAUGGCAAUCAUCAUUUUUGCCACAAUUAUGUAUUAUGCUGAAAAGAAGACAGAAAAAACAAAAUUCACUUCAAUUCCCUCAGCAUUUUGGUAUACAAUUGUGACAUUGACAACUUUAGGAUACGGAGAUAUGGUUCCAAAUACAAUAAUGGGUAAAAUUGUUGGAGGAAUUUGUUCGUUGUCUGGAGUGUUGGUGAUUGCUUUACCAGUUCCAGUUAUUGUUAGCAAUUUUUCACGAAUUUAUCAUCAAAAUCAGCGAGCAGAUAAAAGAAGAGCACAAAAGAAAGCAAGACUUGCCAGAAUUCGAAUAGUUAAAAACGCAUCAGGUCAAGCACUUUUCAAUAAGAAAAAAGCGCAUGAGGCUAGAAUGCAAGCUUUCGAACAAGGACAGUUGAGUUUUGAUGCGUUGAGGGAUGAAGAUAUUUUUGAAAUUCAACAUCAUCAUUUAUUACAAUGUUUGGAGAAGGCCACGGUGAGUUUUUGGGGUGAAUUCUUAAUUCCAAAAAUGUUGGGGGUUUUGAACAGUUUCCGUUCAACUGAAAAACAUCUUGAAGGAUUCAAAUUUUGAAAAAAAAAAUCAAAAUUAUUUGGUUGAAUCUACAGUAGUCCACGUGGCAAUAAUGAAGUAUUUAGUACUAACAAAUAUUUUUCUGAAGACUUCUUUUAAAACACCAUUCAGAAUUCAUUUGUUCAAAAAUAUUUCGAUUUUUUAGGAACGAGAAUUUGUGGAAUCAGAUGUUGUAUUCGAAGGUGGUCGAAAUACACCACCACCAAGUGAAACUUGUUCGCUGCGCGGAAAAGCAAAACGCAAACGAAAACUUUGUUGCGUUUCAAAAACAAAUGAGGAAGAAACCGAAGAAUUGGAUAGAGGAAAUCGAGUAACUUUUAAUAAAAAUCUGAAUCAGGUGAGAUUUUUUGAUGAGAAACAUCAAUUUUUCAUCGAUUUGAAUCAAAAUCAAAAACUCAUUUUCAGAUCCACGAACCACCUAAAGAAAACGAUCAUCGAAACGAGAAUGACAAAAUUGUGGUGUCCCAAUUAUAG